AUGUCUACCGACGUUCAAGGUAGAGACGAGUUGAGGCUUAUAGGGGAACAGAAGGUUCCAUGGAUCUUUCCUCACCAUUCCCUCAGCUACGCGUAUGGCCACACUGAACGGCCAAGGCAUCUCCUAGUUCAGCCCAUCCUAUAUAUGGGCGACCUUCAGUGUGGAUUUGGUUUCCUUAGCACGUACGACGAAACCAUUUUUCUCCGACAGGUUCAGCUGGCUAGUGGCCAAUGGAUUGUGGAAUACUCACGAGUGAUCUAUUCCACUGAUACGUACGAACCAUCCGGUUCACAGGGCCAUGGGUCUGGUCUCUCUGUCUCUAUGAGUGGGCCCGUGAAUAACCAAACCCCAACAGCUCAAUGGGUGGUUAAGGCUUAA